AUGAUUCAACGUGAAAGUGAACAAGAUUUUGCAAUUUCUUCAUCAUUGACAACAACAACAACAGGAAAAAGACUACUAUUGAACCAUACAACAGAUGCAUCAACAUUAAUUAAUUCUGAUGAUUCGGAAGGUGUUUGUUGUGAUGUUUCCGAGUCUUUUAUGGAAAAUGAAGAAGAAUUUAGUUGCAUGAAAGAGGAGGAGGAUGAAGAAUUUGCUUGGGAUAAACAAGUUGAUGAAGAAAUUGAAGUGGAGAAGGAGGAGAAGGGAAAGUUGGGAUAUUAUGAUUUUUGGAGGUCGAUUGGUUCUCCGAAAUAUGUGGUGGCUCCGAUGGUGGAUCAGAGUGAAAUGGCAUUUCGAUUGUUAUCAAAGGAAUAUGGAGCUACACUUGCCUAUACACCCAUGUUUCAUGGCAUGUAUUUUGCAUACCAUAAGAAAUAUAGAGCUAGAUUUUAUCAAUUUAAUCCUGAUUUGGAAGGACCAGUUUUUGCUCAAUUCUGCACUAAUGAUCCAGAGACUUUUGUUCAAUGUGGAAAACGUGUUUGGGAUUUGAGUAAACAGAAAAUUAGCGCCAUAGAUUUGAAUUUGGGAUGUCCACAAAGAAUUGCCAGAAGAGGAAGAUACGGAUCAUUCCUUAUGGAAGAUUUACAAACUGUUCAUUCAAUCAUCAACAAGGCCCAUUUGGAAUUACCAAUGCCAGUCACUGCAAAAAUUAGAAUUUUCGAAGAUUUGGAAUUGACCAUGAAUUAUGUCAAGACAGUAGUUGAUGCUGGUGCUCAGGUGUUAUGUGUUCACGGAAGGACAAGAGAACAGAAAGGAGCCAAUCAAAAUUAUGCUGAUUGGACUGUCAUUCGAGCCAUCAGAGAACAAUUUCCACAAAUUCCAAUGAUUGCCAAUGGAAAUAUUCGUACAUUCCAGGACGUGCAAGAUUGUCUGGAAUAUACUCGAGUGGAUGCAGUCAUGAGUGGUGAAGGCCUCUUAGAAAAUCCAGCUCUAUUCAAUGGAGGUCAAUUCGUCCAUCCACUCGACAUUUCAGACAAGUAUGUCAAUAUUUGUAAAACUCAUUUCCCACCAGAUCACAACAAUAUUAAGAGACAUUUAUUUAGAAUUUUGGAUAAAUACAUCCCAGAAGAUAGAAGUGACCUAAGAGGCAUACUAGGAAAGGCCUCACUAUGGGAACAUUACAGAGAAUUUGUGGAUUAUGCAAGGAAAAUUGAAAAUGAAUUUGAUUUUAAGGAAUUGGAAUUUGAACCAUCGAUUUGUGUAGUGACAGAUCCAGAAAAUCAUCCAAUUGUGAAGAAACCAUUGAGAAAGAAGGAUGUUGAGACGGAUAGUGGAGCUGCUGAUGAGGAAUAA